CACUGCAAACGAAGGGACAGCGGUGAGCUCCAGUAGUGCUUGUGUUGUGGCUCUGCUCGGAUCGGAUACCUUGGCCAUGGAGCGUGUUCGCCGCCGCCUACGGAAAACGGUCCAGAUGACGAUCGCCUUCGUUAUCUUGUUGGCUAACUGCGCUGUACAAGGAUCUGCUGAGGGCUCGGAUCUCCCACUAUGCAAUCUCAUCAACCAGCCAAUCUAUUGUUCGUGCGAGCAGGACGACGGCAUUCGUACCGACAAAGCCAACUGUUAUGUCAUACAGGAAAUCGACAACGAUGAUCCCGUUUUCAAAGCAUUCGCCGCAGAAGAACACCUUACAUACGUAGCGUUUAGUUCCUUCGGAGGCAAGAAGCAACUCAACUUCGUUCCUGACGCACCUCUGCUCUACAGCAAGAACACGCUCCAACAAUAUAAGAUAUCGCAAGGCGAUUUGGGUAUAAUACGUUCAAACACGUUCUUCGAAGUCCCGAAGCUGGUGUUGCUGUCGCUGGACUCAAACGAAAUUACAGACCUAGAAAGUCACGCCUUUUCGAAUCUUCCUAGUCUAAAGAAGCUAGAACUCGGGGACAACCAACUUAAGAUCAUCAGGGCUGGAGCUCUGUAUGAAUUGCCCAACCUGGAAUUUCUGUUUCUGGACCGAAAUCAAAUUACGAGCAUCGAGGACUACGCGUUUAGCUCGAUGCCCAACCUUACCGAACUAGCCUUGGCCGAUAACGACAUCGAGGAACUCACUGCUAACACGUUCUAUGGAUUGCGCCGCAUAACUAGGAUAGACCUCUUCAGGAACAAGCUGAAACAGUUGGUGGGACACGUAUUCAGCAACAUGUCUUUCUUGCAAGAGUUGGAUCUCAAGAGCAACGACAUCUCAGAAGUGGACCCGCUGGCUUUCCACAAUUUGCCACAUCUGAGGAUUAUUUACCUAGCGAACAACAGGUUGCGGAUUCUUCCCGCAAACAUGUUCAUGGGUGCACCGAACCUAGUCCUCAUUGACUUCUCGGAGAACCAACUACAAACACUAACAUGGAGGACGAUUGAGGAUCUGACGCGGAUCAACAGCGAAGGAUUUGACUUGCUACUCAAGGGAAACAAGCUUGCCUGCGACUGUCGCAUUGCCUGGAUCCUUCACCUAGCGGAAACCACAAAAGACCAGAAUUUCAGACGAGAAUUGCGCCACAUCAAGUGUGACUUCCGAGGUCCCAACGUCACCACAAGUAGCAAAGUUGCCCGGCUGACGAAAGAACAACUCAAUUGCCCUGCGAACUACGCUGAACCUACUUUCGCUACGACGCCACUGAAGACACCACCACCCACAUCGGGCCCCUCCCCGACGACGACGACUACGAGAUACUCCAAGCAGAACGAGCACCUGACCGCUGACAGCGAGAAUACCAUCCAGGAAAAGCCGCCUGCCCAGUCCCCAACCAAAGAGGACGCCACUGUUGACGAUGAUGAUGAUAUGACGAACGAGAUUCACGUAGUGCAUGACCAACAGAAGGCUGCCAACACGGACCCAGUCUCUUCCAGGAAUAAGAACGGCAGUGGUAGUCCCGCGUUUACUGUGCCAAGUUGUGCUGUGCUGCAUGUGAUGGUGACCAUACUUGUGAGCUUUGCGAUGUCAAGGUGAUAAAACGGACAGCUUGUGUAGCUUAUCCUUGUCACGUAUUUUUUUAAUUUUUUUUGUUGAAGUUCUGCGGUGGAGAGCUGCCUCAUGGAAAAAGUAUUUUUAUAAAUGUUAAUGCCAUAUACGCGCCAGUGUCAUAACGACGACAGACACGACGAAAAGAGGGAGACAUUGCUCUGUUGCAUCUAAGUACGUAAGAGUCACAGCAUCCCGAAUCAUGUACCGUUAUUCUCAUUUGUGACUGUCACGAAGGCCUUUAUGCAGUGGCCCCUGGACUGGACAUUUCUGUAAUGGUCAUGUGUUUUAUCAUUGUUUCUUGCGUAAGGUGAUGACCCUGGAACUUGUUAGUAGUGGCCUGAAAGAGCAAACGUGCGGCAGAGAGGAACAAAAUGCGCAUAAAAAAUAAAGAAUAAAAGAAGUCACGCGAGGUUCAUUGACUUGGGACACCCUAUGGACAUUUUUCACGCCCGCGUCGUGUUCUAGCGGCUGUCCUGCGAAACACGAUCGGCGCGCACCAAAGCACAGCCGGCGCCAUAUUAGCGCCAUCUAUGACUAAGUAGGGAACACUCCGGCGCCGGCAGGGUCAUAGAGCAUGCGCAGAAGCGUUAUGAAAAAGGCCCAUUACGUGUUUCAAACACGAGGUAAUGUCAAAUGAAAGCCACGAAGGUAUUUUGCGUCCUAAAUUCGUUUAACUCAGGGGCACACGAAGUCGCCGUAUGUCUAUGCGGAUUCGUUCAAUUCAGGCGUUCCAGCCCAUUAGCCGCGCGUAGAGGGAGAGAGAGAGAGAGAGAAAAAAAAACUUUGAUUACAGUAUAGCCUCCGAUGCACCGUCUGUUCCUGUGUCGAGUCGCCUGUGUUCCGUUACCUCUCCAUCGCCCGUGAAAGAUCUGCCUCCCUUAGCGCUCUUCUGCGGCCCAAAAGCCCGAAAAUCGCCGGGGGCGAGUGCAGGACAGUACGGUGGACGUGUGCACAAGCCUUCGGAUGCUUCUUUUUUUAAUUUCGUGUUGCCGCCGCGUAGCAACGGUGGCUUUCGGAGCAGUUGCAGUGUCAGUGCGGGUUCGACAAUAGUUUGCAACAAGACACCUGUACUCACAAGCCAUUUUGUACUCGAUUGCAGAACGAAGCUGAUUUUUGAGGAGAUCUGCACGGCUUGUAUUGGUGCCAGCCUUCUCUCUGCAUAUUUAGUAGUCAAAGAGUACUUCUCGUUCACCCCAGAAGAGAGUCAAUAAAUCCUUCCUGCAGACUAUUGUGCGCGGACAUAUAUGUGUGACGACAUUAUUUACUUUCUCCGCUGCCAGCUGAGCAUAUUGGACCCAUAUUUCACCUCCAGCACAAUUCAUCCCGGCGGGACAUUACCUUCUGCUUCAAAACUCCACAAAAUUCCCUAGAAGGCAUACGCAUGUCGUUCUUCGAACUCUACAAUGAGGGGUUCUUACCUUGCAGUUUUUUUUUUGCCUUUUUAAUACUAUGAGCGACGUCUUCUGCUGUUCCGUGACUCAUAUCAAUGUUCAUAGCCAGAGCUGCGUGAGGGUACUGAGUAUAUCUGCACAUCCGGUGUCAGUGCAUUCGUAGGGAAAAGUUUACAGGACGAAAACGUCAUGUUAUAAAGGUUAUCAUCAUGGAUGUUACGUCAUCCACACUAUUUCCAAUAACGGCAGUUAAAGGCAGAGCAAUGCAAGGGAUGACACACUCCUACACCACUUUCGAUCCGUGCUCUACACAAUUUCAGGAAAUCCCAGUGCUACUUGCGCACUCAAUGUAUCCUGGGAGAUUAUUAUCAUGAGGAUGGGAGAACAGUCCUUUGCGUUUCGUUUUCGCUGACCUUGACACAUCGUGGACUAUCAACCGAGAGAGGAGAAACCGAAACAGUUUCGAUACUUCGUCCUCCUUUCUGAUAACCAAGUUCCCAAGUCCAAAGCGGCACUAAGCUGUCUGCUAUUUUCUGAAGUCGUCUAUUAUGCCUCUACCUAGGGGAUAUCGGAACAGACACUAACAGUUAUUUGCAGAUAAGUCGCGGUAACGGCAGAGGCAUGUCUUCGUCUCCGCACUUUAUCCGUGUGCGCAUUUCAGAACGUUAUAUUUCUACCCCCACACAAGAACCUGGUGCGGAUAUACGCGCAGGCAGAGCCGUUUAUUAGGAGUGUGUGGCCAUUAUGAGCCUGUUUGAAAGCGCGUGAUUUGACUUCACACGACGGGAGGCGCGAAGGCCAGUGCCGCCAUUUUGGAGCGGAGACACAGCCUUCAAAUCUCCACCUGUGGCGGCCCGCGCCCUCUGCGCUGUUUGUCGAGAGGUAAAGUGUCACCCUUUGCCAUGAAAGGUUCGCAGCUCGAUUCGAGACAUUCACGUCUUUCUGCUUGCCUCCUAUUGCCACCGCGGCUCGCCUUCCAUUCCGGCCAGGUGGGCGGGGCGACGAGGGGUGAGACGUCACGACGAGCCUCCAUCUCCGGGCGGCAAAAGAUUAAAGUAUGGGAAACUCUCCCUGUAAACGACUCUUCGCGCGGACAUAACCGGACCUGCGCACACAUCUGUUUAUGUCGGUUAUGUUGUUGACCGUUAUGGGGCAAUUUUAACACCACAUGUCGUCGUCGUUUCGUAUUUGUUGUCGUUGUUGUUGCCCCAAUAUAGAUGAUAUUGGUUCUGAUAGGCAUGCAUCAGAACUCUGAUCUUUUCUAAACUAUGAGAAUUAGCCGAGGCAAGCUACAAACAUGGACGACACCAACGCAAAAGCCUCCAACGCGAAAGAAUAAACGAAAUUAAAACAACUCGGGAAAAAAGGUGCUGACGCCGUGGAUCGAACCAGGGCCUUCUUACGACCAGGUUCGAUGCCCAGCGUCAGUACCUUUUUCCUGGGUUAUUUGAAUUUCACUGACCUGUUAUUCGUCCGAUGGGAUCCACCCCGUACAGAACGAAGAAAAUCGGGUGACAGACCUCUAUUCCUCUUUGGCGGUGUGGCCAUCUUUACACUACUGCUGCGUCGUUAUGUCGCGUUCCUGCAUUGACUUGCAUUGUAUGACUGACUCAGUGCAUAAGGCAUGCAAAGAAAUGUGCCGCGUGAAUUCCUAGGCCCGCCGAUGCACUGCACAGAGAUGAAACUUCCUGUUUGUGAAUUCCUGAUGGUUCAAUCUGAUUGGAAUUUUUUAAAUUCAUUCCAGAAUAUGUAUGAAGCAGAACGGUAACAGUGAAAGGAAAGAAAGUCGAGCGCACACGGUUCGCAUGCGAAACUCAAGUGAUAAAGUGUAAAUCCACAUGAUAUUUUGAAAAUAAAUGUAUAUGAGGCUGC